AUGGCCAAGUUCAACUACCUUCCCGUGGACGUGCAGGAGGAGCUGCGCAACACCGCCAACGCCAUCGUCGCGCCUGGCAAGGGCAUCCUCGCCGCCGAUGAGAGUACCGCGACCAUUGGCAAGCGCUUCUCCGACAUUGGCGUGGCCAAUGAGGAGGAGACCCGUCGCGCCUACCGCGACCUGCUCUUCAGCGCGCCCGCCGAGCUGAACAGCUACAUCAGCGGCGUCAUCCUCUUCGACGAGACCGUCUACCACAAGGACGCCGCCGGCACGCCCUUCCCCGAGGUGCUCAAGAAGCGCGGCAUCAUUCCCGGCAUCAAGGUCGACACCGGCGUGGUCACCCUCCAGGGCACCAACGGCGAAUCGACCACCCAGGGUCUGGACAACCUGACCAAGCGCUGCCAGGCGUACUACGACGCCGGCUGCCGCUUCGCCAAGUGGCGCUGCGUCCUCAAGAUCGGCGCCGACGAGCCCUCGGCGGUGGCCAUUUUGGAGAACGCCAACGUUCUGGCUCGAUACGCCUCCUGCUGCCAGCAGGCCCGCAUCGUGCCGAUCGUCGAGCCCGAGGUGCUGCCCGACGGCCCGCACGACCUGGAGCGCUGCCAGAAAGUGACGGAGACGGUGCUGGCGGCGGUGUACAAGGCCCUCAGCGACCACCACGUCUACCUGGAGGGCACCCUCCUCAAGCCGAACAUGGUCACCGCCGGGCAGUCAUUCGCCGGGACGAAGCCGACGCCGGCGGAGGUUGCCCGCGCCACGGUGACCGCCCUCCAGCGCACUGUGCCCGCCGCCGUGCCCGGCGUCGUCUUCCUCUCCGGCGGCCAGACCGAGGAGGAGGCCUCUGUCAAUCUGAACGCCAUCAACCAGUACCCGGGCAAGAAACCGUGGGUCCUCUCCUUCAGCUACGGUCGCGCCCUCCAGGCGUCAGUGCUGAAGGCCUGGCAGGGCAAGGCCGACCUGGUCGCCGCCGGCCAGAAGGAGCUGCUGAACCGCGCUAAGGCUAACUCGCUUGCUUCUGUGGGACAAUACACUGGUGGCAUCGUCGGUGCGGCUGCUGGCGCUGAUCUGUUUGUCAAGGAUCACGCUUACUAA